AGGAGAGCGAGCGCGAGCCUCGGGACUUCCAAACGCCCAGCAUGUGAACUAACGCUCGGCGUGAAGUUUAGCCUGAAAACCGCUGGGAAUAUAUGCCCGUUUGUGCAGUCUUUCGCGACUUUUACGUUGUGAAGGUACCGGAGUCGUUCAAGUUGUCGUUAAAUUGUAGAAAACUGGAGUUGGAGUGCAGUUUUCUUUUCUUUCCGCGGACUGGGAGUGAGAGUGGACUGCUUGGAGUCACUUACAAAGAACAUUAAGAAGUCAUGACACGACGGACGUUUUUCUUGGAUUUAUCUUUGUAAAAUACAUGAGAAAAGUCGGCGCGAAACAUCCCAACUCGGAUUACUUGGAGUGCGAGUGAAGUAUUGGGACAAUAAUCGCAGGUUUCUGCUGUUUUGAGCCGUUUUCAAGUCACUUGGAUCAAAGUUUUUCCUCUCCCUCCCCCUCCUUUUCAACUAUGGCGGCGGCCAGGUUCUCCAGCGGCUCGGUGUUGCUGCGGGUCGUGUGGCUGCUGUGCGGGCUGGUUCUCCCGCCCGCUUCUGCUCAACAUUACAACAGCGAAAGCGGGAUCUCUGUUCCGGAGCACGGCUUCUGCCAGCCCAUCUCCAUCCCCCUCUGCACCGACAUCGCCUACAACCAGACCAUCAUGCCGAACCUCCUGGGCCACACGAACCAGGAGGACGCCGGGCUGGAGGUGCACCAGUUCUACCCGCUGGUGAAGGUCCAGUGCUCCGCGGACCUGAAGUUCUUCCUGUGCUCCAUGUACGCCCCGGUGUGCACGGUUCUGGAGCAGGCCAUCCCCCCGUGUCGGUCGCUGUGUGAGCGCGCGCGGCAGGGGUGCGAAGCCCUGAUGAACAAGUUCGGCUUCCAGUGGCCCGAGCGGCUUCGCUGCGAGGCUUUCCCAGUCCACGGAGCCGGUGAGAUCUGCGUGGGUCAGAACACGUCCGAGCCCAACAGCCCUGCCUCUGCAUCCCCCAACCCGCAGAAGCCGGUGACCCUCCCACCCAUGGGUGAUCGACCCCCUCAUCGUCCGCCCCAACACAACCAGCCGCACCAGUUCUCCUGCCCCCUGAAGUUGGAGGUGCCGCCCUACCUGGGCUACAGAUUUAUGGGGGUCAAAGACUGCGGGGCCCCCUGUGAGCCCACAAAGCCAAGUGGGAUCAUGUAUUUCCGUGAGGAUGAGGUGAAGUUCGGCCGCCUGUGGGUGGGCAUCUGGUCCAUCCUGUGCUGUGUGAGCACCUUGUUCACUGUUCUCACAUAUUUGGUGGACAUGAGGCGGUUCCGGUACCCCGAGCGGCCCAUCAUCUUCCUAUCCGGGUGCUACUUCAUGGUGGCUUUAGCCUACGCAGCCGGGUUCUUCCUGGAGGACAAAGUGGUCUGUGUGGAUAGAUUCAAAGUGGACGGGUACAGGACCGUGGCUCAGGGGACCAAAAAGGAGGGCUGCACCAUUCUCUUCAUGGUGUUGUACUUUUUUGGCAUGGCCAGCUCCAUCUGGUGGGUGAUCUUGUCCCUGACGUGGUUCCUCUCUGCUGGGAUGAAAUGGGGCCACGAGGCCAUAGAAGCCAACUCCCAGUACUUCCACCUGGCUGCGUGGGCCGUCCCAGCCAUCAAGACCAUCACCAUCCUUGCCAUGGGCCAGGUGGACGGAGACGUGCUGACGGGGGUGUGCUUUGUGGGAAUCUUCAACGUAGACGCGCUCCGCGGCUUCGUCCUGGCCCCGUUGUUUGUCUACCUGUUCAUUGGCACGUCCUUCCUCCUAGCCGGCUUUGUGUCCCUGUUCCGGAUUCGCACCAUCAUGAAGCACGAUGGCACCAAAACGGAGAAGCUUGAGAAGCUGAUGGUUCGGAUCGGCGUGUUCAGCGUGCUCUACACGGUUCCGGCCACCAUAGUGAUCGCCUGCUACUUCUACGAGCAAGCCUUCAGGGAGCACUGGGAGCGGACCUGGCACAUGCAGACCUGCAAGCGCUUCGCCAUGCCCUGUCCGGUCCACAACUUUGCACCCAUGACCCCGGACUUCACUGUGUUCAUGAUCAAAUACCUGAUGACCAUGAUAGUCGGGAUCACCUCUGGCUUCUGGGUUUGGUCUGGGAAGACCCUUCAGUCCUGGCGGCGGUUCUACAAGCGUCUUAGCAACGGGAACCACGGGGAGACAACGGUGUGAAGGUUUUUUUUUUUUGGAUUAAAACGAAGGCCACUGAUUGGGCUGCACAAUAUAUCAAAAUGUUAUUGUUGCAGUGUCACUGGGCGCAACAUCACAAAGGACUGCUUGAACGCUAAUAAAUCAUAGGCCAAGAUAUUUCAAGAACAAUGAAUUUAUUUUCCGCACUAACAAUGUAUGUGAUCCGACGGUCUCUCGCUGGUCUCGAAGCCCACACCUGGCUCAGAUGAUUGUGAUGACAGAAGUGAAAGUGAGGGGAAAUGUGGGUUUAUCAACUUGAUAUCAAUAUUAUUGCAUGUUUUUCUGCUAGCUGCAGCCGUAGCCACUGUUUUAUUGAACUCAAUG